AUGCAGUUAUGCUAUAUCAGACUUCAGCCUUCCAGCAAUCCUGGUAAUCAAACGCCAGCAUUCGAUGAUUUAGUUUCCUCGAAAUUCCAUUCUUCUACAAAUAAUAGUACUGCAUUGGCGCCUCUUGAUGGGCGUUCUUUGCUGAAGUCAUGGCUAAGUCCAAGGGUGCUUAUCUGUGAAGACCCUGGAUAUUGUCUAUGCCCCAGCAACGUAGGCUGUUGUCCAAGAGACGAAAACUGCUGUGGAAGUAGCUUCUGCGUCAAGCCUGGAGAGAGUUGUUGCCAAGGUUUCACAUGCGAAGUUGGAUGGAACUGCUGCACUUAUCCUUAUUGCUACCCGGAUGGAGGUAAUUGCUGUUCGGAUGGAAGCUAUUGCGCUGCUGGAAAUAUCUGUGUGAAUGUAAGGGGUAGCAUCAAAUGUUGCACGGAUUUAACAUGUUCUGGACAUGCUUCUGGUAGUGUAACUAUCAGUACACCUAGUGCCACUACCGCCUCUACCGUCAUUCCGUCGUCAAUUUCAAUAGCUCCAGAAUCAUCUGUUACCUUGACACCAAUACCAGUAUAUGAGUAUUAUUAUUACACAAUCACAUGGUAUUACUGGAGCUACUACUAUUACUACUACACCAUUCAUCUAGAACUCAUUACAUCUACCCGCUCAACUCAGAUAACAACCACAACCACAAUCUCCGUCUACGAAACUGACUCCGCAGCCGCUUCAUCCAGCUUCAAACGACUUUCUGCCACCCUCUCAUUCCCAACUCCUGCUGCUGCAACACUUCCCACACAAACUACACCAAGCUCGCCUACACAAACUGAAAAAACCACUUAUCCUCACACUGAAGCCAGCAUAGAUACAGAAUCUUCACGAGGGACUGGGCCAGCUUCUUAUAGCGUCUCUAGCACACCUUCUACAACCACUCGUUCUGUGACUUCGGGAUCGAGCAGUUCGUCAACGGCUACUUCAACGCCGGUGGUGGUUACAGUUAGUGGUGCCUCUGGAGCGAGAAUGAAUGGGCACUUUUGGUCCGUUACCUGUUUCAUGAUUUUUGGUGCUUGUGUUGUUGCGUUGUGGUUACUUUGA